GGCGAUCGCCUCUUGCACCGUUGCAAUGCGAAGUGCUGCCAGAAGCACGUGCCCCCUGCCCACCUUAACCCAAUCUUCAGCACGCACUCUGGUUCCGAGAGCCUGCAGAAUCAGGCCGUGACUCUUUUGGCGAAGCUCACGGGGACCUCCCACGCGAACACCCACAUCAUGUUCGGCGUCCACCACAAGGCAGUGGCGCGGAUCUGGAGCAAUGUUGAGCAGGCAGACGUGGAGGUUGACGAGGCGAUCUUCGACAAGAUGGACUUGACUGACGGCCCCGAGCCUCUGGGAGACCCGACUCACCCCGUCAUGCGGGAGCAGUGGUUGGGCAUUGCGCAGCGCGGGAAGCCACGCACGCUGACCCUUACGAGGCUGAGCCCCGAGAUGGCGGAGAAGCGGGCGCCUGGCCCUGGGGCCGCGCGCAAGGUAGAGUGGAAGCCCCUUGCCGAGCGCUGGUUGAAAGACCGCGACGUUGUCUUUCACAGUGACUCGGCGCGCUCCUACAAACUACGCGCGCCUGGUGUCAUCCACGACUUCGUUGUCCACAAGAAGAAGUACAAGAACGUCGGCGGCAAGAGGGCGCUGAUUCCUCCCAGGUACGUCGAGCUGAAGACGCACGCACUCCCGUCAGGGAAGCACCUCAAGGUCAAGAGCGGCACGCAGAUCAUUGACCGCGCGUGGCGCUUCAUCGAGGACCGCCUGCACAGGAGCGCCACCGCCAAGGCAGGGACUAAGCUGCUUGCCGCCAAGACCCGCUCGGCUCAGUACGACUACUGGCACAAGGACGACGACUUGUGGGCCAAGACGGGGGAGAUGGUGCAACACAUCAUGCGUGACGUGCUGAUGGCGUGA